ACCAAGAUUUCUUCGUAAAAAUUUUUGCUGUGUACCUGUGCUAUACACAUAUUACCAAUGGUUUAGCUUGAGUGCUAGCAUAAAACAUUUUAUUUGCCUUAAUUACGUGUACAUUGAGUCGAUUUCAUUAGUCCUGGUAAAGUAAGCCUGCCUAAACCGAAAAGGAAUUAGUUAGAGGGCUUCAGAAUGGCAGAGAACGGAAAUGAAAACAGUUCGGAAUUCCCAUAAAAUAUGGCAGACGCGAGUGCUGAGAUGGUCUGUUUUGGGUAUCUGCUGGACCUCUUACAUUAUUUAUCGUAGCUGCGUGAUUGGUCAAAUAAAAUACGAUAAGGAAAAGGGAAAACUGGUUAUCCAACCACGCAAUAUCUGGACCAAAAGAAUAGUGCUGUGCCUGAAGAUUAUAGUGCUCUACCUCAACUAUUGUGGCAUUCCAUAUAUUAUGAUAGCGAUUAUUCCAUUACUUCCAAGAGAAAUCUUUAAGGCAGCGUUUUCUUCGCCUAAGUACUUUGAAAUUCUUAUGGGAAUGGUCAUCAUUCAACUAACAAUGUUCAAUACUAUUCGCUUGUGUUACUGGAUGAGUAGCCUCUCCUGGAAUAGAUCCUUUGUGGGUCUGGCCAACGACGUAAUACACCUAAUCACCUUGAUGGAAGUCAACGUGGGACCGCUUUACUUGGAACGUAUCUCCCUGCUGAUCCUGCACUUCUUACAGUUGGGUUUGACCCUGGUGCAGGUCGUGGGCUACAGUCAAAUGCAGCUUCACCUCUGCUCGCUUUACAACCUUCUGCUGGAGUUGUUUUUUAACAUGUUUGUGGUCUACCAGUUGCUGAUUUUAUCGUGGAUGGCUGCUUUCUGCCGCUUCUUAAAGAUCUAUCUGCAGGAACCGACUAUAGGGCAACGUUUAAAAGUUCUUCGGCUAUUUCGCCUCUAUGCAAGGAUCAGCAAUGUUCAUCAGAAUAUCCAGCUGAUGUGGCUGCCGGUGAUCAAUAUGCUAUUUUCCGACAUUUUGAUGCUAGUGAGCCAUUGGUCAUUUAUUAUUAAAAGCAUAAUUCUGAACCGCUUAGAAGACGAUUUAAACAGCAAAUAUUGGAAGGCAGCAUUUGGCGCUCAGGCAUCCCUGCUAAGGAUUUUAUUUAUUGGUCUGUGCAAUGAUCAACUGGCCCUCCUGCAGAGCUUCAUCAGAUUGCAACUCUUGGCUAUCGAUUUGUGCUUCUCAAAGCUUGAUCAGCUGGAUCUGAACUUUGUCUGGGAAGCCAAGAUCUUGCAAACCUGUUUCGAUCUACAAUCGAGAGCCCAGCCCAUCAAGAAUCGAAUUAUGAGCAUUUAUCAGGAAUGCGGAUGCCCAUUUGUCCUUAAUUUCUUUUUUUGCGCAAUGAUUAACGCUUUCUGCUGUGCACAGUAUGAUAUAUUUUUUAGCGUAGAUUCCGUUAUUUCCCCUAUGUUGUGAGAUAGAAAAAAAAUUUAAA